UCCCAGGAAAACUCUGACCAAGCAGAGAAAAGUCUGGAUGAGUCCAACAGUGAUUUGACCGAACUGAUCAAGAGGCGCCUCGAGAGCGUAGCCAGCACAGGAAGCUCUGCCAGCUCAGGAUUUAUUGAAGAUAAGAGUUACAGCGAUUCAGAAGACGAUGAAGAAGAUGCUGAGGAUCUGUACAAGCGGCCCCUGACUUUGGAGGAUCUGAUUUGCUAUAGCUUCCAAGUGGCAAAAGGCAUGGAGUUUCUUGCCUCCCGAAAAUGCAUUCACCGGGAUCUGGCAGCGAGGAACAUCCUUCUUUCAGAGAACAACGUGGUGAAGAUCUGCGACUUUGGACUAGCCAGGGAUAUUUAUAAAGACCCUGACUACGUACGGAAAGGAGAUGCAAGACUGCCACUCAAAUGGAUGGCUCCAGAAGCUAUUUUCGAUAAAAUUUACACAACACAGAGUGAUGUAUGGUCUUUUGGAGUGCUGUUGUGGGAAAUAUUUUCUCUAGGUGCCUCACCAUACCCUGGCGUGCAGAUAGAUGAGGACUUUUGCCGACGGCUCAAAGAAGGAACCCGGAUGAGAUCUCCAGAGUACUCCACUCCAGAAGUGUACCAGACGAUGCUGGAUUGUUGGCACGGAGUACCCACAGAGAGGCCUACUUUCACUGAGCUUGUCGAGCGCUUAGGAGAUCUUCUCCAAGAUGGUAAAGACUAUAUUCCACUGAACAUCACCUUGUGUCCUGAUGGAGAAUCUAACUCCAAAACUUGCCCUGUGGAAGAAAACUUGAACAACUGUGUUAAUCGCUGGAGUGCAGUGGAAACUGGUAACAACAGCAAGAAGCGACCACUGAGUGUGAAGACAUUUGAUGAGGUGCCAGUGGAAAAGGAGAAAGUGAUGCAUGAGGUAAGUGAGUCGGACAGUGGGAUGGUGCUGACGUCAGAUGAGAUAAAAAGCCCCAAGAGGCUGGAAAUCCGUUCUUGGCCUUACGGGAUCAUGGCUCUAGCGCGCAGAGCUGUUAGCAAGAGCAAAGAAUCCAUAUUAUCCGAUCACGAGCGCGAGGCUGUCAAAUACCAGCCAGCAGUACAGGUAGAAGAGGACACCAUGGACUUCACACUGGAAGACUCUGUUCUCCUUCCUAUGGAUCCAAACCUGGAGUGCCACAGCCCACCUCCAGAUUACAACUCUGUCAUUCACUACUCAGCCCCUCCAGUGUAA